AUGAGGCUGCGUGACCUAGAGUUUUCUGUUGGUGACAAGGUGUUCUUAAAAGUGUUGCCGAUGAAGGGAGUAAUGCGUUUUGGUAAAAAGGGGAAACUUAGUCCCUGUUUCAUUGGCCCUUACGAGAUUGUUAGGAAAAUUGGGACGGUGGCUUAUGAAUUGAAGUUGGCAUCCGAUAUGGCCAUGGUGUACCCUAUAUUUCACAUUUUGAUGUUGAGGUUGUACAAACCUGAUCCUUCCCAUGUGUUGAACCCUGAAGAGAUUGAAAUUAAUGAAGGGUUAACCUAUGAAGAAAAAUCGAUUCAGAUUCUAGAUAAUCAAGUUAGAAGGUUGAGAACGAAGGAUGUGGCGUCGGUUAAAGUGUUGUGGCGAAACCAUGAUACUGAGGAAGCUACUUGGGAAGCAAAGGAGGACAUGAAGAAGAGAUAUCCCCACUUGUUCCCUAUGGCAGGUAUGAGCUAG